AUGCAGCGAAUGAUCCGACAGUUUGCUGCUGAAUAUACCUCAAAAAAUAGCUCUACUCAGGACUCCAGCCAGCCCAAUAGCACAAAGAACCAAAGCCUGCUGAAAGCAUCUCUGGUCGCCUCCUCUCCCACGGCUGCAACUGCUCAGAACCCUGUGCUCAGCAAACUUCUCAUGGCUGACCAAGACUCACCUCUGGACCUUACUGUCAGAAAGUCUCAGUCAGAACCUAGUGAACAAGACGGUGUGCUUGAUUUAUCCACUAAGAAGAGUCCUUGUUCCGGCAGCACCUCUCUGAGUCAUUCUCCAGGGUGCUCCAGUACUCCAGGAAAUGGGCGACCUGGGAGACCCAGCCAGCACCAUCCGGAGGGACUACAGAGUGGUGAUGGGGUACCUCCAAGAAGCUUGCAGGAUGGAACCAGGGAAGGUUAUGGCCACUCCACAUCUCUUAAAGUACCGCUGGCUCGAUCACUCCAGAUUAGUGAAGAACUGCUGAGCAGAAACCAGUUUUCUACGGUUGCCAGCCAUGGGCCAUCUGGACUACAGAAUCAUGGACAGCACUUAAUAUUAUCCAGGGAGGCUUCUUGGGCAAAACCACACUACGAAUUCAAUUUCAGCCGCAUGAAAUUCAGGGGAAAUGGUGCACUCAGCAACAUCAGUGACCUUCCUUUUCUUACAGAAAACUCUGCCUUUCAAAAAAUGGCACUUCAAACUAAACAGGAUGGGAAAAAGGACGUGAGCCAUUCGUCUCCUGUGGAUUUAAAGAUACCACAAGUUCGAGGCAUGGACCUUUCAUGGGAGUCCCGCACUGGUGACCAGUACAGCUAUAGCUCUUUGGUAAUGGGUUCACAAACGGAGAGCGCGCUUAGCAAAAAGUUAAGGGCUAUCCUUCCAAAACAAAACAGGAGAAGUUUGCUGGAUGCUGGACCAGAUUCCUGGGGCUCAGAUGCUGAGCAGUCUACCUCUGGACAGCCAUAUCCCACCUCAGAUCAAGAGGGAGAUCCUGGCUCCAAGCAACCUAGGAAGAAAAGAGGGAGAUACAGACAGUAUAACAGCGAGAUACUGGAGGAAGCAAUCUCUGUGGUUAUGAGCGGGAAAAUGAGUGUUUCCAAAGCUCAAAGUAUUUAUGGGAUCCCCCACAGUACACUGGAAUACAAAGUUAAAGAGAGGCUGGGCACUUUGAAAAACCCUCCAAAGAAAAAAAUGAAAUUAAUGAGGUCGGAGGGGCAGGAUGUUUCAGUAAAGAUUGAAUUAGAUCCCCAGGGAGAAGCAGCACAAAGUGCGAAUGAAUUGAAAGAUGAGUAG